AUGAGCGCAACGGAAGUGCCAUGGCACGCAAUUUAUCCGCCUCCGAAGAACCCCAACCACGGCGGCAUGACGCCCAGUGAAGUGAUGAGUGCCAUCAAAUGUGCCGACAGCAGCGGCCCGAAGAAUCUCGUUCUCGUCGACCUGCGCCGCAAUGACCACGAGGGCGGCACGAUUCGUGGCUCUAUCAACCUCCCUGCUCAAACUCUCUACCCAUCUAUCCCGACGCUGUACAGCUUGUUUCAAGCAGCCGGCGUCAGCACCGUUAUUUGGUACUGCGGCUCGUCUCGAGGUCGUGGUACACGAGCGGCAGGAUGGUUCAACGACUACCUUGUGGACCAAAAGGAUGACAAGAUGAGAAGUGUCGUCCUGUUUGGUGGAAUAAGGGGCUGGGUGGCGGCUGGUGAAGAGUACAUCAGCUACGUGGACGAGUACGACCCUGCUAAGUGGGAUUGA